AUGGCGACACUAUUACCCCCUCCAAGCAAAAAGCAAAAACGCGAAAUUGCCGAAAGGGCUCGGGAACAACAAGAAAUCGACAUUGUCCCUCGAGAUCUCGGCAGUGUUGUACUGCAGUUUAUCGACGAGUCUACCGGAAAACCCACGAAGGGCGAGAUCAAAGUUCCUGUUGCGAAUACUACCGUGCGAGAGCUGGAGACUAUCCUGAAUAGUAUAUUGGAUAAUUCGGAACAUGACCGAGUUCCUUACAGAUUUGCAUAUAAAUCCGAAAAAGAAGAUGGGCAGACAAUUGAUAUUCUCUCCGAUCUCUACGACGCAUUGAUCAAACCCGGUGUAAAAACUACAGAAGAUGUUAUUCGGCUCCACUACACCCCGCAGGCCGUUUUUAAAGUGAAGGCAGUGUCGAGAUGCUCUGCGGCAAUAGCUGGACAUGGCUCUGCCAUCCUGGCGAUAGCUUUCUCUCCCGCGUCGUCAUCGACGAUGGUCACUGGUAGUGGUGAUAAUACUGCGAGAAUAUUUGACUGCAAUACCGGUACACCGAUCGAGACUCUGAAAGGGCACACGGAUUGGGUGUUGGCAGUGUCAUUUUCUCCAAAUGGUCAGAUGAUAGCGACGGGCAGUAAAGACAAGACAGUGCGACUCUGGUCUUCAUCCAAAGGGAAGCCACUAGGAACGCUCAAGGGUCAUAGUAGAUGGAUUAAUAGUUUAUCGUGGGAACCGUACCAUACUCAAGAGGCCGGACGACCACGAUUAGCGUCUGCAUCCAAGGAUACAACAGUGAGAAUAUGGGAUGUCGUCAAUAAGAGGAUUGAAAUGGUCUUAAGUCACAAAGACUCCGUGACAUGUGUACGCUGGGGUGGGAUUGGGAAGAUUUACACCGCAUCAUUGGACAAGACUGUCCGGGUCUGGUCUGCUAAGGAUGGUACUUUGAUUACCGCAUUGGGAGCUCAUACACACCGAGUCAAUCAUUUAGCACUUUCGACUGAUUUCGUAUUACGAACCGCUUUCCAUGACCAUACGCACAAGAUACCUGAGACAGAGGCUGAAAAGGUGGAGGUAGCGAAAAAGCGAUUUGAAAAGGCUGCCACUGUUGCUGGUAAAAUCACGGAGAGGCUGGUAUCAGCCAGUGACGAUUUUACGAUGUAUCUUUGGGAUCCUGAAAACUCAACGAAACCUGUUGCAAGGAUGUUGGGCCAUCAGAAAGCAGUCAAUCACGUCACAUUCUCUCCUGACGGGGCCUAUAUUGCAAGUGCUGCAUUCGAUAAUCACGUCAAACUCUGGAAUGCCAGAGAUGGGAAAUUCAUCAAUACAUUUCGCGGGCAUGUCGCAGCAGUCUAUCAAUGCUGCUUCUCAGCCGAUUCCCGUCUACUCGUUAGUUCAUCGCAAGACAGCACCCUAAAAAUAUUUGAGGUUCGCACGGGGAAACUUGUAAUGGAUUUACCAGGACAUGAAGAUCAAGUCUUUGCAGUGGACUGGUCACCGGAUGGAGAGAGAGUUGGGAGUGGAGGUGCCGAUAAAAAGGUCAGAAUCUGGCGACAUUAAGAACAUUGUAAUAAGUACAUAGGAUGAGAUACCCAGUCAUACCCAAGAUACCAGAUCAUUUUCAUCGUUCUUCCUACGAACUCAAACGCCAACGAUCAUAGAAACGUCAAAAUCAAUACAGCAAAAACAAUCAUGAGCCAAACAUCAAACACAUUCACUUUCAACCAAGUACCCAAAGAAACCAAUGGCUCAACAUUU